GGGGGAGGCUGUUUAAAGUGGCGCUUGCGGGAUGGCGGAGCCGGCGGACUAUCCCCCGUUCCAGCUGGGGAAGCCCCGCUUCGAGCAGACUUCAUUUUACGGCAGAUUCAGGCACUUCCUGGACAUCAUCGACCCCCGCACCCUCUUUGUGACCGAGAGCCGCCUGAAGGAAGCGGUGCAGCUGCUGGAGGAUUACAAACACGGCACUCUGCCCCCAGGAGUCACCAACAAAGAGCUGUGGGGAGCUCAAAAAAUCAAACAGGCCAUCAUCCACCCCGACACAAACGAGACCAUCUUCAUGCCUUUCCGAAUGUCAGGUUACAUUCCCUUUGGAACCCCCAUCGUUGUUGGUCUUCUCCUGCCCAACCAGACCCUGGCCUCCACUGUGUUUUGGCAGUGGUUGAACCAGAGCCACAACGCGUGUGUGAACUAUGCAAACCGCAACGCGAGCAAGCCUUCUCCGACAUCCAAGUUCAUCCAGGGCUACUUGGGAGCUGUCAUAAGUGCUGUCUCAAUAGCAGUGGGCCUUAAUGUUCUGAUCCAGAGAGCAAACAAGUUUACCCCGGCCACUCGGCUCCUGAUCCAGAGGUUUGUGCCAUUCCCUGCUGUCGCCAGUGCCAACAUCUGCAACGUGGUCCUGAUGAGGCACACGGAGCUGGAGGAAGGGAUCGACGUGCUGGACGACAAUGGGAACAUCGUGGGCUCCUCCAGAGUUGCUGCCAAACAUGCUCUGCUGGAAACAGCCCUGACCAGAGUGGUCCUGCCCAUGCCUAUACUGGUUCUACCUCCCAUCAUCAUGUCCGUGCUGGAGAAAACUUCGCUCCUGAGGUCCCGUCCCCGGAUGAUUCUCCCGGUCCAAAGCCUCGUGUGCCUCGCUGCCUUUGGCCUGGCCCUGCCCCUGGCCAUCAGCCUCUUCCCGCAGAUGUCCGAGAUCGAGACGUCUCGGCUGGAGCCCGAGAUCGCCAUGGCCACCAGCAGUAAGACUGUGGUCUACAACAAAGGCUUGUGAGUGGAACAGGAGCAUCCCAGCCCAGAAGGUCUGGGGAGGGAAGAGGGGAAACUCCAGACCCCGCCUGGGAGAAAGCAAGCGACAACACCAGGAUGAGAUAACAGAGCUCAGCGAGAGGAGCUGCUCCCGGCAGCCCGGGAGUGAAUUAACACCCGCAGAGAACUGACACCUCACACCACUCACUAAGAUGCAUAUUCAAAGUUCUAACCUAGCAACAGGAGCAGCAACUACAACAAAUAAAAUCAC